ACAAGUUUUUAUAUGGUAGGAGGUAUCUUGUUAUACUUGACGAUAUCUGGAGUGUAGAGGUAUGGGACAAGAUCAAAGUUUUCUUUCCCGUCCCUUAUGGCGAAAAUAGGAGUCGAAUAAUCGUAACAACUAGACUAACAAACUUGAGUUCGCAGUUUAAUGAGUCUUAUAGAGUUGGUAUGAAAUUUCUAGAUGAGGCUAGCGGUUGGGAAUUGUUUUGUAAGACAGUGUUUGGAAAAGAAAGUUGUCCUCUUGAGUUGGAGAAUAUUGGAAAGAAUAUUGUAGCAAAUUGUAAAGGGCUUCCUCUGUCAAUUGCUACAAUUGGAGGUCUUUUGGCAAAAUCUAAGCAUACAAGAGAAUAUUGGGAACUUAUAGAGCAAAAUUUGAAUUCAAUUGUUAUUAAUGAUAAUGAUGAAUUUUGCUAUAAAAUAUUGAGGAUUAGCUAUAUCUAUCUGCCAAACUAUUUGAAGCCAUGUUUUUUGUAUAUGGGUGUUUUUGAGGAAGAUCGUAGGAUCCGCGUCUCAAUGCUCCUGAAGUUGUGGGUUGCUGAAGGAUUUUUAAAACCAAUGAGUGGGAAAUGUAUGGAAACAACUGCACAAGAGUACUUGAAAGAGUUGGUUGGUAGAAAUCUCAUUUUAGUUGAUAAGUUAGGGUCUAUUGGAAAUGUUAAAUAUUGUAAAAUUCAUGACUUGUUGAGAGAUAUGUGUUUGAAAGAAGUUGAAAAGGAAAGGUUUUAUCGUGUCGUAAGAGAUGAUCCUACAACAAAUAACAGCGAACGCCGGGUUGUUUUUCCAGUUAAGAUUUCAGGGUUGUCAAUAAAUGAAGUCUUGGGAUCUUUAUCACAUGCUCGUUCCAUACUGCGUGAUUACGGGAAGGGGGAUAGAGAAGUUCGACUACCUCGCAAUCUUAGGUUGCUGAGGACAUUCAAAGCAUAUUAUGUAGAUACUUUUAGUGGUGCUUAUUUCCUAGAUAAUGUGUUUGAAUUGGUGAACUCACGGUACCUUGCUGUUAGAGUUCAUCAAAAGUCGAAAUUCCCUGCUUCGAUUGAUCUGCUUUGGAAUCUUCAUACAUUGAUUAUUCAUUGUUUGGAUGAUCUUAUCGCACCGAUUGAAAUUUGGAAACUGCAUCAACUUCAGCAUCUCGAGUUUAGGCGACGCAAAUUGAUGCUCCCUGAUCCUCCUAGUGGCAACAAUGACAUUGUUAUCAUGGAGAAUUUGCAGACACUCAACGGAGUUGUGAAUUUGUUAUUGAAUGAGGAGGUGGUUAGAAGAAUUCCUAAUGUAAAGAAAUUGCAUCUAAUGUAUAAUGUGAAACAAAUGAAGGGAGAGAAUUGUCUUAGCUAUCUUGAGUGUUUGAGUAAAUUGGAAAACUUUUGUUGCUUCACCAGAAAUGGAUGUGAUGAGUAUUGGCAGUGGAUAAGGUUCCCACACUCCAUUAAGAAGUUGUCUAUUGUUGCCUCUUAUGAUAUGGAAGUGGAAGACAUAAUGCCAAAGAUUGGUUCAUUGCCUCUUCUCCAGAAGUUUGUAUUGAAAUAUGGUUUCUUCAAAUCAGAAGCUUCGUCUUUGUAGUUUAGUUCAACUGGAGGGGAUCCCAGCCGAAGUCGGAGAAAUAGCAACCUUGAUAUCGAUUGAUGUGGAAUAUUGCAGUGAAUCAGUGGUGGUGUCAGCUAAAAAGAUUGUAGACGAACACGAAGAUUUAUAUGGAGACCAACUAGACCUCUGCGUUCGAGUCAAGGUUUGGAAGAAAGAUGAAACACUGAAGAGCUUGGCAAGUGCCAACUUUGAAGUUGAAGUGUGGUAGGUUAUUAAAGAACUAACCUUGUAAAAAAAGUUUAAGAAUUUGUUGCUUCAUUGCUAAA